AUGACUUCUGCCGCCGAGAUUAAGAAGCCACCGGUGGCCCCCAAGCCAAAGUUUGUGAUGGCAAAUAAUAAGCCAGCUCCACCUCCUGUUGCUCCUAAACCUGACAUUGUGAUUUCUAGUGCUUCACAGUCAACAAAGAAAACCAAGCCAGCAAUAGCCCCCACCAAGCCAGCAAUAGCCCCCAAACCAAAAGUUCUGAAGAACUCAUCUGUUCGAGACACCAGGCCAUCACUAUCAAGGAAAAACACUAUGAAUCUGGAAGAGCACAAACAGAAAGGACCUGAAAAUGUAGGGAACCAGAGCAGUGAUUAUAUUUUACCAGUAUGCUCCUGCAGUUCUGAAUGUACCCAUAAGCUUGGGAUUAGAGGGAAUUUGUGUGUAAAACAGCUUGUCUUAGAGCCCCUGGAAAAUUUAGAAAAGAGUGAAAUUGAUGAGUUCUCUUUAACUAUAAAAACUAAUAAUAAUUAUAAUUCUCAUAGUGAAAAGGUAAAGAGCCACAGUGGAGUAGUUUUAAAGGCAAGCAUCCUGGAAGAGAGCCUCAGUGAUGUUUUAACACAAGGAACAUCACCUUUUAACUUACCGCAGAAGCAUAGCUCCACAGACAACCCAGAAAUGAAUGGUGGCUCUAAUUCGAACAAGCAAUUCAGAAUUGAGUUUACUGAUUUGUCACCAUCCCCAUCCAACUCUGAGAAAGUUCAUGAUCAUUACCACCUCCUGCAACCUCCAAGUGAUGAAUUUCAAAUUGUUGAAACUUGUCAGGAUAGUACUGGGAAAAGCAAUAGUUACUUUCAUUCAUCCGAACAAGAAGCUCCAGAAAAUGGUAAAAGGAAUAAUUUUAUAUCUUCAGAGGGAGUUAGUAAGAAGUUGGAAGUCAAAGACCAUGGUCCCUUACAAAUUCACUUAGAACCAUAUGCCAAAAAAUUCCCAACUCCCAAGCCUAGGAAGACACUCAGUGCUCGUCUGAUACGCCAAAAGAAUGUAGACAUUCCUAGUGAAAGUACUAUGGAACCAGAGAAUCCAGACAGUGGUUCUUUUUGUCUUACUGAGGACAGUUUGAAGAGCACUAAAAUCGGUGUUCUUCAUCAGAAUGUUUCAUGUAACCAGGAACAGGUGGACAAAGGAAACAAAAGUGAAUUGAAUUUGGACUCUGACUGUGACAGACAAGGGUUAGCCAAUUCACAGAAAACUGUGUGUCCUGAAACUUCUUCCUUUGAGCAAAUGAUACCUCCUUUAGAUACAGACUUCAGUUUGAGUUGUGGCAGUAAGACAGCAGAUGGCUGUAGUAUGUCACUUGCUAUGGAUGAUGGGACCAGUUUUAUAAGAUGCAGUUCUCUGUCUAUGAGCCUACCUAAGCAACUCCUACUAACUUGUAACGAACAUUUGUCCACUACUGGUAACCCAAGAAUGUGUGCCCCUCAAAUGCAAAAGGAAUCUACAAUAAAGGAUGAAAGUUCUUUAAGAAUUGUCCCCAAAAAGCCUCAAAGACAUAGUUUGCCUUCUGCAGGAAUGCUCAAAAAGGCUGCCUCAGAGGAGCUUGUGGAAAAAAGUUCUUAUCCCUCAAAUGAAAAAAAUUCAGGGAAGAGCCUAGAAAGAAAUCACCUUCAGGAUUUGUGUGCCCAAAACCAUGGUCUGUCAUCCUCCUUUGAUGUGCCUAAACAGGCUUCAGAAAAGCCAGUGUGGAAAUUACCUUAUCCUAUUUUGCCCUUUUCAGGGAACCCAGAAUCCUUAAAGUCUGUGAAGAUAUCCUCAGAUAGUGAGCCCUCAACUGCCCUAACCAAGCCAAGAGCAAAGUCACUAUCUGCUGUGGAUGUGGAAAGGAGCACUAAGCCUUGCAAAGAAUCUCAAAAGAAAAACUCUUUUAAGAAGUUGCUCAACAUGAAAUUGGCCAUCAGUUUCAUGAAGAGUGACUUUCAGAAAUUUUGGUCCAAGAGCAGCCAAGUUGGAGACACGCCCACUGGUAACCUCUGUGGUGGGGAGCAGAAAAGGACUGAAAGUGAUUGUCAUGGCAUGUUGAUAGAAAAAAAGAGAAAUAAACCCAUCAAGGCACAUUCUGCAGAUAACUACAGCCUGGAAUCCCAAAAGAAGAGGAAGAAAUCUCGUCUCCAGACCAGCAUGGCCAGUGGUCCUAGAGCCGAGUCUUUGGAUGACCAAAUGCUCUCCAGGGAGUCAUCAUUUGAAGCCCCUUGCAAGACUGUUACAAGUGCCAGCGAACCAGAGUAUGAAAAUAUGCGACAUUUUGAGGAACCUGAAUAUGAGAACUUGUCAUUUAGUAUGGUUGUAGGGAAAACUCCAGAGCUUGAACGUCAGCAUUCCAGCAGCAUGGAGGACACUGAUGCAAAUGUGUAUGAGGUAGAAGAGCCUUAUGAAGCUCUUGCAAGCCAGCUGCAACUUGGACCCAGACUACAGCAUUGCAGUUCUGGAGCAUCCCAGGAGGGGCACAGUGAUCUGGACUUGGGUCUGGAUGACCUUCCCUCAGAUGAGGAGGAAGUCAUCAACAGUUCUGAUGAAGAUGACAUCAGCUCUGGUUCUAGUAAAGGAGAGCCCGACCCCUUGGAAGAUAAACAGGAUGAAGAUAAUGGGAUGAAAUGUAAAGUUCAUCACAUUGCCAAGGAGAUCAUGAGCUCAGAGAAAGUGUUUGUAGAUGUGUUAAAACUUUUGCAUAUUGAUUUCCGGUAUGCAGUAGCUCAUGCUUCCAGGCAACUUGGAAAACCAGUGAUUGAGGACCGAAUCCUGAAUCAGAUUCUAUACUACCUGCCUCAGCUAUAUGAACUCAACCGGGAUCUCUUAAAGGAACUGGAGGAAAGAAUGUUGAACUGGACUGAACAACAAAGAAUUGCUGACAUCUUUGUAAAGAAGGGACCAUAUUUAAAAAUGUAUUCCACAUACAUCAAAGAAUUUGAUAAGAAUAUAGCUUUGCUAGAUGAGCAGUGCAAGAAAAAUCCAGGUUUUGCUGCUGUUGUUAGAGACUUUGAGAUGAGCCCACGCUGUGCUAAUUUGGCCCUCAAGCAUUACCUGCUCAAGCCUGUUCAGAGGAUCCCCCAGUACAGGCUGCUGCUGACAGAUGCCCUUGCUGUUGUUAUAGAGGUAGCCAACCAUGCCAAUGACACCAUGAAGCAAGGAGACAAUUUUCAGAAACUUAUGCAAAUUCAGUACAGCUUAAAUGGACACCAUGAAAUAGUGCAGCCUGGACGAGUCUUUCUGAAAGAAGGAAUUUUGAUGAAACUAUCCCGGAAAGUCAUGCAGCCCCGAAUGUUUUUUCUGUUUAAUGAUGCCCUGUUAUAUACAACGCCAGUGCAGUCUGGGAUGUUUAAACUAAACAGCAUGCUGUCAUUGGCUGGCAUGAAGGUCAGAAAACCCACCCAAGAGGCGUAUCAGAAUGAACUAAAAAUUGAAAGUGUAGAACGUUCCUUCAUUCUCUCAGCCAGUUCUGCCACAGAAAGGGAUGAAUGGCUGGAAGCGAUUUCCAGGUCAAUAGAAGAAUAUGCCAAGAAAAGAAUCACAUUUUGUCCCAGUAGGAGUCUUGAUGAGGCAGAUGUGGAAAAUAAAGAGGAAGUAAGUCCCCUUGGAUCAAAGGCUCCAAUCUGGAUUCCUGAUACCAGAGUCACAAUGUGUAUGAUCUGCACAAGUGAGUUCACUCUGACCUGGAGACGACACCAUUGCCGGGCCUGCGGAAAGAUUGUAUGUCAAGCUUGUUCAUCAAAUAAGUGUGGUUUAGAUUACCUGAAAAAUCGACCAGCAAGAGUAUGCGAACAUUGUUUCCAAGAACUUCAGAAAUUAGAUCACCAGCAGUCCCCUAAGAUUGGCUCUCCGGGAAAUCACAAAUCUUCAAGUGCCUUAUCAUCAGUCUUACAUAGUAUUCCAUCAGGGAGGAAACAGAAAAAAAUCCCAGCUGCUCUUAAAGAAGUAUCAGCAAAUACAGAGGAUUCUUCUAUAAGUGGCUACUUGUACAGAUCAAAGGGCAAUAAAAAACCUUGGAAACACUUGUGGUUUGUCAUAAAAAAUAAAGUGCUGUAUACAUACGCUGCAAGUGAGGACGUGGCAGCUUUGGAGAGUCAACCUUUAUUAGGAUUCACUGUCACGCAAGUCGAAGAUGAGAAUUCGGAGUCCAAAGUGUUUCAGUUACUGCACAAAAACAUGUUAUUUUAUCUGUUCAAAGCAGAAGAUGGUCACUUAGCUCAGAAGUGGAUAGAAGCAUUUCAGGAAGGCACAAUAUUGUAG